AUGCGGCAAUUCAACCAGCAAGUUCAGGAAUGGAUUAGCUUACCAAGGGACCGGCUCGACCAGCUACCGCAUCCCCCUGCUUCUCCUCUAAACUCAGUGGGAUCUAAUUUGGCCAUUUGCAUGUGGGAUGGGGCUAUGAGGAAUGGAUCUCACGAGGUUGAUGGGAUGGUUAUACUAAACUCUGAUAAAGCGGCCAUCCUAGCUAAGGGGAUUCAAUUCCUGGUGCUUGACGAUCCAAUGAUAAUUGAGAUACUUGUUCUCCGGGAGGCUAUCGCAUGUUGCUUGGAAUGCGAAUUUACUGCGAUGAGAUUUGAAGGUGAUGCCCAGGUGAUCAUUGAGAAGAUUCUCCGCAAUGAUGUUCGGGAUAAUCGAGUAGGGGCGAUUCUGGAAGAGAUUGUCAAUUCUUUUGCUGUUAACAUGGGUUUUAAUGUACGAUUUGUAGGUCGACGAAACAAUAGGGUAGCUCACUUGGUGGCCAGAAAGGCCCUGUCUUUGUUCCCGACUACGUGUCGUUCCUUUGAUUUUCAGGCCUGGCUGAAUUCCAGGAUGUAA